AACGAACUUUGUCUCUCGAUCGGUGACUCGUGAAAUUGCGUUGGUAUUUUGCCUUUUCUAUUUAGAUCUUGCCUCUGUCUUUAGACACAAUGAGGAACAUAAAGAAAGACAAUAGAAGGAAAACAACACCAUCAUUCAAUUAUGGUGAAAGAAGUAAGUGAAAUUGUUUUUUAUUUGUACAAAGUUCCAAGUUCAUUUCACACGUGAAGAUGCAUUCGUUGUCAGAAUAAGCCCCAAAGUUUGUUGCAUUUCAAUGGCUAAAUAAGCUUAUGGAGUGAUCUUUUUCCAUAAGUUAUGUAAACGAUUCCUUAAUCUGAGUUUGCAGACUCCCUUGUGCUAAUGCACUGUAAAAUAAACUUAAACAUUAGAAUAAUGUGACAUCACAAAACUACUGGUUAAUACACUUACACCAAAAUCAUUCUUCUCAUUCAAAUAUACCUAGAAAAUUACCUGUGCUAAAAAUUUGUUUCUAAUCAAACAAAGAAGCUGUUCAGCACCAAAGACUGGUCAAUGUCAUGACCUAAAUCAUGCAUGUUUAGAGAGACUAUUUGAACAGUACAUGUACAAUCAAACACCACAGGGACUCACCUCACAUAGUGUGCUCACUAUAUAUAGAUAUAAUUACUUUUUUGUAUUUCUGGGUUCAAGUAUUAAUAUUAAUAAUAUUUAAUGCAAUUUCUGUGAAUUUUUCUCAGGACGUGUUAAUUGAUUCCCAUACAUGUAUUUCAGUCUAGGCUGCUGCAUAAAUGGUAUCCUGGUAGCCUGAGGCGCCUAAGUUACCAGAUCAAGCGACUAAAAUUUUGUUCAAAUAGCCCAGAUGGGCGGCUAACUGGAGUUUUCACUCCCAUCUAAUGUGUUUAACGACUCCUAGACUGGGCUGCUAACGUUUGAAAACAGAAGCUCUAAAAUUUUUCGUAGGCAACAGCCUUGUCAGUGGAAGGAGCAUAUAUAUGGAAAUUGAUCAACCUGUCAUUAAUGAACACAUAUUUUGAUGCUUGCAGAUGAUUGAACUGUCACCAGGAAGAUAUAUUUACAUCUAUGACAGCCAUCUUGCCAGGGCAUAUGCAAAGAAAACAGCAACAGCCACAGCUUGUUUUCUGCCAAGCUGUUUUUACAGAGAUGAUGAGCUUGUAGGGAGGAGUCUUGGAGGAAAGAAUGGAAAAUGGUGUGUUGAUACAGACAUUCUUGAGAGCUUCUUGAGUAAGUAUAAUCAUGACUUACUGAAUUAUACUUAUUACAAUAAUAAAAAUGUUUACACUGCAUGAGCCAGUCUUCAAAAGGGCAGCUUUAUGCAGUGAAUUGGGAAUUCUUAAAAUUUUGACAGAAUAUUUUUUUCUAAUAAAUUCAGAUGCAUUUAUAAAAGUUGUCAAUAACAUGGUUUUGAAGUGCAUGAAUUAACAUAUACAGAAACAGUAAGAUGUCGAUCAAUGAUCAGCAUUUUACUGCUUUAUGUAUAAUACUGUACAGUAUAUAAUGCUUUUGUUGUCAAUCAGCAUUUACAGCUGUCCACUAGCUUUUAUAAAACACAGCAAAGAUGAAAAGCCUUUAAUAGUGUCCCUAAAAUAGCUUAUUGCUUAUAUGACUAUAUGCAGUAAAGGUAUAGAGAACUAAAGUAUAGAUGUUUUUGAGAUGGCAGUGGCAAUGGCAACCACAAUAAGUUUACUUUUAUUCCAGUAGUGCUUGUUACAAACUUUUCUCUUUUGUAGCAUUUAUCUUAAAAUGCUUAAAGCCUUUAUCGUUAUCAUUAGUGGUUCAGGUAUACUAAAAGUAGUUGCCUUAACUCUGAUCACCAUUCCCAUCUCAAAAAUGUCUUUGCUUGCUGUCUAAUUCUGAAAGUACUUACAACUAAACUUUUUGCUGUAAAUAAACAAAACUUGAAACUUGAAAGUGACAUGGGAUUAACAACAUACAAAAGUGGUGACUUACAUGAAGUUAAUAAAAAAAGUUUAAUUAAUCUGUAAAAGUGGUUGCCCAAAGCAAUUAGUCACAGGGAUCAUAUUUGGCUAUGUUCUUGAUAUCAUUAGCUUCUCUAAGCCUUCCCUAUUCUUAUUUCUUUGAAGGUUACACAAGAAAGAAGUUCCCAGACAUGACAUCUGAUAGUGGGGUCAAAAUAGCAUUAAGGAACAAGAUAACCUGUCUUGAAGCUAAGCCAAAAAAAAAAACAGACAGUCCAAGUUUUUGAUUAAUAAAAAAUGUACAAAAGGCUUGUAAAACACCUGUUUAAAAUCUAU